CUCAGUUCAUAACUUGACUGUUCGCAGCGCUGCUUCACUGUAUUCUUCAUCAUGUCCUGGACUCAUCUGGUCUUUCUUUCUUUGCUCGCCACCCUCCUCAUCCUCACACUCUCCCCCGGGGUGCGGAGUGCAUCGGUGGCAGAUGGAAGAGAGGGAAAAGCUGCAGAGCCCAAAGGGUCAGCACGGCGAGUCUUCAUGCCCGAGGCGGAUGCAGCAAAUUUCUUCAAAAAGCGUAGUCGGCGCUCGGCCAAACAUGAGGCGGAGGUCCUCGCUGAGCAGAGGGUAAGGCUGUCAGCUGAUGAGAGGAGGAGGGAGUACUAUGACGAACAGAGGAACGAGUUUGAGAACUAUGUGGAAGAGGAGCGCGAUGAGCAGGAUGAGAGGACACGGGAGAAGACAGAGCAGUGGCGUGAGUUCCACUAUGAUGGACUCUACCCCCGUUAUCCCCGCGGUUGGUGAGCAUGCUCCAUAGGCCAAGGAGAUCAGAACAUAGUGCACCAGCCUGUGAUUGGCAGGACCCUGUGUCAAUAAAGACACCUAGCCUAUCAGACGGACAUAACAAGAGCAUGGGAGGUGGCCAAACCAUCACUCACCUCGGAGUAAAAAGGUUUAAGUACAAAACGAUUCAAAUCAAUUUUAAAAUGGUAAUAUUAUGUAACGUUUAAAGACUUUGAGUGUGGCAGGUCAAGUUUGAAAAAGGAGGCUGUCGUGAUUGGUUGUGUUUCUAUGCAUGCUUAUUCCAAUCUCUUAUCUUUGUGCAUGUAUCUGUGUGGUGUACUGUUUGGUGUGGUCUGUGUAUCUUUCACAUCUGUCUGUGUAUCAAACUGUGUGGUCUUUUCUGUAUUUGUAACCGUAAUCACAAAUGUGAAACCUAUACUGUAAUUCAGGACCACAGACACCAAUAAAGACAAUACUACAAUGUA